AUGUCGAGCCCCGCGCCUCCCACCAAAGAUGAAGACGAGGGGGAAGACCGAAUAUUUUGGCUCAGCCUCGCUAAUCCAUCGGUAGCCUCCCAACUCGCCCGUUCUGAAGCGUUGUCGGAACUGAAAGCUCGGAUCAAGGCGGGCUUGAAGACCUAUCCCGAUUUCCCAAAGAAAGGCAUCCUCUUCGAAGACAUCCUCCCACUAUUCGCCUCGCACUCUCUUCAUCUGGACUUGAUUCGAGCAUUUGAGCUCCAGAUUACCGAAUCGCUCGGUCCACACAACAUUCCUGAUGUGAUUGUCGGUCUUGAUGCGAGGGGCUUCCUCUUUGGACCGACAUUAGCCUUACGAUUUGGAGCCGGCUUUGUUCCUGUCAGAAAGGCAGGUAAACUCCCUGGCAAGAUCGAAACGGCCGAUUUUCAGAAGGAAUAUGGCACCGACACCUUUGCCAUGCAGACAUCCGCUAUUCAACCUGGUCAGAAGGUCCUUGUGGUCGACGACCUGAUCGCCACGGGCGGUUCGGCAGCGGCAGCAGGGACACUGGUCGAGAAAUGCGGAGGGCAACUGGUCGGAUUCGUCUUCAUCAUCGAACUCACUUUCCUCAACGGUCGAGACAAGCUCAAUGCUCCAGUUUUCACGCUCCUCGAGAGUCAAGAAGAAUGA